CGUAAAGCCACACACACGGAACGUUAGCAAACCGACGGUGUCACAAUAUUAUUGUCCCGAGCCAGUGCGCUUCGUGUAGCUGGAGUUAGUUAGCUUAGCCAGGUGAGCUCGCGUUUAACACGCAGGAUGCAUUUAACUCAGGAUCUAGAGCUUUUCCCAGAACAUUCAGUGACUCAGCUGCUCUUCAGUGAUGUUAGAAACUGUGCAGAGCUGAGAAAGAUGGCAGUGGAGGGUCAAAUACCCGGCGCGCUGAUUAACCCGAGCAUGGUAUUGGAUCCCUUCCAGACUCUAGCUGCAGCAAAUAAAGCAGUUCAUUUGCAGAAGAAUGGAAAAAUGAAGACAAGGAGCUUAUACUCUGAAAUCAUCUUCAGUCUUUCACCCACCAACAAUAUCUCUGAGGCUUUUAAACGGUUUGGAAUCUCAGACGGUGACAAUGCAGUCCUCAUCGUCCUGGUUCAUAACAGAGAGGACGUUCUGGACAAGGAUGACAUUGUGUCUAAUGUGGACGGCCAGCAGAUACCAGCUGAUCAAAUGUCCACCAUAUGUGACAUUGCCAAGAUAAAAAAGCUUUACAAAGUCACACCUCAAGAGGAGAAGUGUGGAAGUGUUUUGGACGCUGUUAUCUGCAGAAUGGCCGCUAAGGACGUUGUAUAGCUAGCUAGCACCUACAGGACAUAACACUCUUAAAUAAAUAUAAAGGUGCCUAGAAAGAGUUCUCUGGAGUGCUGACACAUUUUGGUUAGCAGGUUAAGGAACCUUUUAGUUAAGUUUUUAAAGAACCAUCUACUGAAGUGUUCUUUAUGGAACCAAAAGUUAUUCCUGUGUGGUCUAUGGCUCUAUGGCUCCAAACAGUCUGUUUUGAUAUCUUAAUUUGUAAAAUAAGAGAUUAAUUUUAAUUAUACAAAAACAACCUGCUCAUUUAUGUUCGUCUUUAAACAUCUGCCAAAUAGUAUUUUUAAUAAAUCUGAUCAGAGUGAA